AUGCCAUUUACGGUAGAUGGUCUUCUUCGGAUUUCAUACCAGGAGCUCUUGCAAGCAACAGGAGGAUUUUGUUCAGACAACUUAAUCGGACAAGUAGUUUUGGCUCAGUGUUUAAACGAAGUCUUGAUCAGCAGGGAGGAAAAGCUGGUCUUUGUGAAGGUACUCAACCUUGAACAACAUGGAGUUGUAAAGAGCUUCGUAGCUGAGUGCAAAGCAUUGAAAAACAUCUGCCAUCGGAAUCUUGUUAAAUUUCUGACAUACUGCUCCAGCAUUGAUUUUAAAAGCAAUGACUUCAAAGCUGUAGUGUUUGAUUUCAUGACAAAUGGAAGUUUAGAAAUGUGGCUGCAUCCAGAAAGAGAUGGUAAUAGUCAAUCAAGGAAUUUAAACCUUCUUCAGAGACUACAUAUUGCCAUUGAUGUGUCUUCUGCAUUGCAUUAUCUUCAUAACAAUUGUGAAACACCAAUAAUUCAUUGUGACUUGAAGCCAAGCAAUAUUCUUCUUGACAAUGACAUGACUGCUCAUGUUGGUGAUUUUGGAUUAGCAAGGCUACUUUCCUAUAAUUCUUCACAAGGCCAAACUAGCUGCAUUGGCAUAAAAGGAACCAUUGAUUAUAUGGCUCCAGAGUAUGGAGUAGGCAGCGAGGUUUCAACUUAUGGAGAUGUGUACAGCUUUGGAAUGAUUCUGUUGGAAAUUUUUGCAGGACGGAAACCAACUGAUGAGUUGUUCACAGAUGGUCUAAAUCUUCACAACUUCGUUAGAGCUAAUCUCCCAGGACGAGUCAUGCAGGUCGUGGACCCAUGCUUAUCACAACAUGAGAAUUUGGGCCGGCAGCAGCAGAGUAUAGAGGACAAUGACAAUUAUAAUGCACAAGCAGAGAUCGGAGAUAAUAAUGUAAAUAUUGAGAAUCUGACAGUAGAGGGAGGCAUCAGUCUUGGAAAUAGGACUGUCAUGUUCAUCAGAACUGUUAGGAGAUCGGAUGAAUAUGAGAGAUGUCACAAGAAAACUAAAUGUCGUCACUAA